AUGAACUCUGUAAAUAGUGAAUUCAGUCCAUUUGGCGAUAUAACUAUUCCAGAUCCAUUGUUUGCUAAAGACGACGUUCAAAACGCCGUAGCAAAUUUUCGCAAUGUUUCUGAAUAUGAAACCAGUGAUUCGUAUUUAAGAGAACAAAUAUAUAAUAUACGUGAUGAAGGGAAAGCAUUUCGUAAAAUAACGAUCGAAAGUGCGACGACAAGUGAUGAGAUUGCCGAUUAUUGCGACAGCAUUAAAACAACCAUCGAAUCACUUGUUGAUGGCGACUUAACAGGCGUAGAUUUUAGCGAUGUGCUUAAGGAUUUACUUUCUACUGCUACAAGAUGUAAGGGAAAAGCCGUUUAUUUCAAGAAUGAAUAUACUCGAAUCAAUUCAAAUUUGGAUGUAAUUUACUAUGGUUUGCAAAAAUAUGUCGAGAAAAUUGAAGUGUCAAAAAAUGAACUCGAGGGAGAAUUACGUAACGAGAAAGACAAAAAAGAUAAGGCAGAAAAAAAAAGGAAUAAAAAUAUUGCCGGUGCUCUAUUGGGUGUCGCGGCUGCUUUUCCAACAAGUGGUUUAUCUCUUGUAGUAACGGUUCGUUCAACAUAUAAAGUUGCUAAAAAUCAAUCAAGAAUUUCUGAAUGUAGAGAAAACAUUGAACUGACAAAUGAGUAA